AUGGCCGCGCGGCGGGACGCGAGGUGCGAGAGCGCGAUGCUGCGAGUGUUGGCGCUCGCACUGGCUACGGCCGCCAGCGUUUCGGUUCCGUGCUCCGGCGCCGUCACGAAUGAAACGCAAGCUCUGAGGAGCAUGGCGGCACAGUGGCAGGCAGGUGCGGCGCUGGCGUCGUGGCAGGUGGACGAUGUGUGUGCUGUGGCAGGAGGUGCCACCGGUAUCACAUGCCAGGACGGAUCCGUCACCGCCCUGUCACUGAGCAGGACAACCCUGUCAGGGCCGCUGCCAGGGGAGAUAGGCGUCCUCACAGCACUCACUCUCCUGUCACUGAGCAGGACAAACCUAUCGGGCCCUCUGCCUGGGGAGAUAGGCGACCUCACAGCACUCACUCUCCUGGACCUGAGCUACAACAUCCUCAAUAACGCCAUUCCUUACAGCAUCGGCAACCUUGCCAGAUUGCAAUCGCUGGUGCUGAAGAGCAACGCCUUCAAUGGAUCCCUGCCCGACGCCCUCUCCGGCCUCUCCAGCCUUCUUCAAUUAGAUGUGCAGCGCAAUGUCUUCAGUGGCUCCUUGCCUUCCUCACUCUUCUCCCUCACCACCCUCAGCAGCCUCUACAUGGACGGCAAUCAGCUGUCCGGCACCUUGCCCUCCCAAGUGGGCGCGCUCACCAACCUCUUCACACUUCAGGUGAGCAACAACAAGUUGAAUGGCUCCCCCCCGGCUACACUCAGCCUGCUCUCCUCCCUUCAUGAGCUGCAGAUGAACAAGAAUAGCUUCUCAGGGCCCUUCCCCUCGGUCGUCACCGCCCUCACCAACCUCACCAUGAUCUAUGCCAGCAACAACUCGUUCGUGGGGCCUUUUCCUGCGUUUCUUGGGGACAUGACUCAACUCGCGUUCCUGAAGAUCUAUUCCAACAAGCUCCGAGGCACGCUGCCUCAGAGCUACAGCCAGCUGCGCAACCUCACCCACCUCGACCUGAGGGACAUGCAGCUGUACGGCGCGCUGCCCACGUGGCUGGGGCUGCUCACGCGCAUGCAGUACCUGCAUUUCCGCAACAACGAUCUGUCUGGGGCGGUGCCGGAGUCCAUGGGGAACCUCACCAACCUCAUUGAGAUCUCGCUCAUUGGCAACCCCAAGCUCAACGGCACACUGCCUGCGUGCUGGGCCAACAUCAUCUCCCUGGGUACCAUUGCGGCAUCGCGCCUUCAAUUCGCCUGCCCGUCGCCCAACAUGUGCUGCCCCACGGGCAGCCCCAUCCAGGACCUGCCCUUCUGUGUCAACUUCUGCCCCCAGUACUGCUCCGCCUGUGCUCCAGGCAUGUCGCCGGCAGUGAUAGCAGGGAUUGCAGUGGGGUGCUCCGUGGCGCUGCUGGCAGUGCUGGCUCUCGCACUCUACAUCUGGUACUACAGAUUCGGCCCAGGCCGCAUACAGGCAUGGGAGCGGGAGUUGGACCGGGGCUUUCGCAAGUACACGUGGAGGGAGAUCAUGGAUGCCACGGACAGCUUCAGCGAGGCCAGGAAGCUGGGCAAGGGGGGCUUUGGCACCGUGUACCUGGGGCAGGGCGAUGCACCGCACCAGCUCAUCGCCGUGAAGCAUGCCGCCUUUGUGGAGCGCUCCUCCAAGAUAGCCACCAUGUUCGAGGAGGAGGUGAAGGCGGUGUCGCGGCUGUACCACAAGAACCUGGUGCGGCUGCUGGGCUACUGCAACGACCACAUGGAGCAGGUGCUCGUGUACGAGUACGUGCCCAACGUUUCCCUUCCACUACUCUCAUCUCAUCCCACUGCCCUCUCUACGGGGUCACUCACACAUGUGACUUGGACUCUCCUUGUGAUUCUACAAUGCCUCUUCCUAUUGUGCUCUCCUCCCUAUUGCUCAUUGGCCCGUGUGUGUGUGGUCAGUUUUGGAGUGCUACUGCUGGAGCUGGUGACGGGCAGGGAGGCGAUGGAGAGGGAUCCAGACGACAAGGACCGGCUGGUGCACAUAACCACGGUGGUGCUGCCCUUGGUGGCCUCGCGCCACAUCCACCUCAUCGUUGACACGCGCAUCGCCACGCCGCUCAACCUGCCCGCACUGCUCUCCAUGGCUCAGAUUGCAGCGCACUGCGUGCAGCAGCCCGCUACCAGGCGACCCGAGAUGGUGGAGGUGGUGAAGGCACUGCACGCCGUCAAGAAGACCUACCUCGCCUCGCUUGCCGCUCAUGCCGCUCCUGCCACCGCUGCUCCAGGCGUGGAUGGAUUGCAGGCAGUGAAUGAGGAGAGGGGAGCGAGCACUGGUGCGGAUGCGCUAGGUAUGGCGACUUAUGAUGACGCGGCGGUGGGUGAUGCAGCAUGGGCGGGUGGGUGGUCACGGGAGGUGCUGUGUGCGUGCAAUGUGAACCCCGCCAAUGAGGUGGACGUGGCCACGUGGCGCAUGGCACACGCCAGCUCUGCCCUCGCAGCCGCGGCAGCGGCACUGAUGGAGGCGCGGGCAACAGUGGAGAUGGAGGGGCUGCGCACUGACAGCGAGCGCACGGCAGAGGCGGUGCAGAGCAAGGCGGCCGUGGGGGAGCUGCCGGCGGUGCCGCUGCUGGAGCAGCACCGCACGGGGGGGUCUGCCAUCAACCUGAGCCGGUCACAGGAGGGCUCCAGUGAGGGCCGGCGCAUGGGGGACUCGGGCAGCUGGGUGGCCAAGAUCCUGGGCCGGGGCAAGCAGGGGGGGGCUGCAUGA